AAUGGACAUUGAACUCCUCCUGGGACAGAACUAACCAGUUUCAGAGGAUGUUUUAAAGGCUCCUCCUUCGCGCCUCCAGCUGCUGCGUAAAGAUCAGGAUCAGCUGCUGGGAGGAGGAACCGGAGGACGGAGCCAGAGAAACACCGACCCGCCGCAGCUCGGAGCUUCUACCGCCGCAGGAGGGCCAGAUGGAGGAGAACCGGCUGGAGAGGAGCAACCACACGGCCUUCAUCUGCCACGACGCGCUGUUCGUGUGGGGAGGAUACCAGGUGGUUUCAGGACAAGAUGUCAUGCUGCCCAGCGACGAGAUAUGGCUCUGUGAUCUGGACAGCGGGACGUGGCAGCGGAGGAGGAUCGGCGGAGACGUUCCUCCAGAUUUAGACGGUUUCUGUGGAGCGAACAUCGAUGAAACUCUUUACGUUUUUGGAGGACGAGACGCCGUCGGAUACAGCAACCAGAUGUUCGUGGUGGACCUGUCCGAGGUUUGCUGCUCGUGGAGGAAACUCACCGACACUAAAGGAACGACGCCGUCACCUCGAAACAAACACUCCUGCUGGGUGCACAGAGACCGGUUGAUCUACUUUGGUGGUUAUGGAUGUAAAACUAUCGGGCAGGUCAGAAACACGCCAUCGUCCAGCUUCGUUGUGGAUGAGAUGUCCUGGACAACAAUAGGAAACACUUUGUUCCGUUGUUGGGGUUGGAACAACGAGGUGAACGUUUUUGACACCAACACUUUAACGUGGAGCCAACCGGAGAUCAGAGGUUCUGCUCCUUCACCCAGAGGCUGCCAUGCCAGCGCCCUGCUGGGGAACAAAGGAUUCAUCAGCGGAGGAGCCGAAACGUCUGAGCUGGACGUGUUCUGUUUGGACCUGGAGACCUGGACGUGGACUCAGUUUGACUUCUCCUCUUGUACACCUCCUGGUCGAUCCAUGCACACCAUGACGUCCAUAUCAGACCAGACGUUGUUCGUGUACGGAGGUUUUCGCACCGACGGAAACACCCUCAAUGACGCCUGGCAGUUUAACACAGAAAAGAGGGAAUGGACCGAAGUGACGCAUCCUCACAAAAACAAGCCCAGGGUCUGUCACUCGGCCUGUCUGGGCUCAGACGGUGACGUUGUGGUGUUUGGAGGAAGCAGUAACCUCUGCAUCCUCAUGGACUCGGUGGCUGUUCUGAGGCUUCCAUCCCAGCAUCACUGCAGAGACGUCUUCCUGUUUCAGACUCAGCCUCAUCCUCUCUUCAGACUCUGUGAGGAUUUCAUCGGAGGAAACCCGGAGUUGUUCAGGCAGCAGCUCGGCUGUUUGCCGUCGAAGCUGCAGAACAAAAUUACCAAGAGAGUCGCCUUUUUCUCCGCCAUGAAGCCUUAAAGCUUGAAGAGGAUCGUUUGUUUUUUUAGAUGCGGAAAUAUUCUGAGCCAGUUGAUUCUUAAAACAUUGUUUUCAUUUUUUGACUUUUAAAACCAGAAGGUGCUAAAGUUUCCUUGUUUUAACUUGAACAUUUAUUUAAACAUAAAGCUUUUGUCUUGUUUUAAACGUCCACUUUAGAUUCUGUCAGAUUUUACUUCAUUUAGUGGUUUUGAUGAGGUUUGUUUUUGAAUAAAAGGUAUCAAUGGA